AUCCUAAUCUGCACCCUUUUGAAAAAGCUCGUGAAUAUACAAGAGCACUUAAUGCUGUCAAAUUAGAACGUCUGUUUGCUAAACCUUUUGUUGAUGCUUUGAGUGGUCAUGUAGAUGGGGUUUAUUGUAUGGCUAAAUAUCCUUUAAAAUUAACUACAAUUAUAUCCGGUAGUGGUGACGGAGAAUUAAGAAUUUGGAAUUUAUCUGAGCGAACAGCUAUUUGGAAAGUUUCUGGACACAAGGGCAUCGUCAAAGGUGUUUGUUGUAGCCCAACAAAAAGUAAUUUUUAUUACUCUUGUGGGACGGAUAAAACUGUAAAAAUUUGGAAUCCUGAUGAACUUAAUGAUGAGCCAAUAAACACUUUUAUUGGGAAGUUCGCUUUCAGUGCAAUUGAUCAUCAUCGCUCUGAUUUAAUCUUUGCUACUUCUGGUUCUCAGGUUGAUAUUUGGGAUGAAAAUAGAUCAAGUCCCAUUAAAUCCUUUACUUGGGGAACAGACACAAUACACACUGUCAAAUUUAAUCAAAUUGAAUCAAAUAUUCUUGGGAGUUGUGGUACAGAUAGAUCAAUCACUCUUUAUGAUCUCAGAAUGAAUUCUCCAUUGGCUAAGUUAAUUUUGCAGAUGAAGACAAAUGCCAUUUCAUGGAACCCGAUGGAAGCAUUUAAUUUCACAGCGGCAAAUGAGGAUCAUAAUUGCUAUACAUUUGACAUGCGUAAAAUGGAUUGUGCAUUGAAUGUACUUAAAGGGCAUGUUUCAGCA